CACGGCGACUUCAAACUCCGGCGCGAGCUCGCCGCGCGAGCACCGCUGCGGCUUCCCGCGCCUCGGAACAGAGCGACGGCGCCCCCUAAAGGCGGAGGAGGCGGUGCGAUGAGCAGGCUGUCAUCAUGAGGCGAUUCUGCAUCGGCGCUGCUGAGACACGCACAGCAGCGCGUAUCCGGCGUUGAAAAACGGUGCAGGGUGAAAUGCGAGCGGAAAUGGGCAACAAUUGAUGCAGGCGAACGAGGAGGGACUGGCUGAAGAGCAGAAGACAAAGACUGGCGGACCCGCAGCGAGUCCAGAAGGGAUCCCCGCACCCGCACCCGAACCGCAUCCAUCCGCAGCCCGCAGCCCGGCACGCUGCGGUUCUUCAUCAUGCAGACCCGAUCGCAAAGACAGUAAGGAGCAUCCAGAAGCUUGUAAAGCAAAACAAUCAUUUAAACAAAAAGAUGAAAUCAUCAUUGCCAGUGAGGAUCAUUCACAAAGUAACACAGGGAAGGUGAGCCAUUACUACGGGCAUCAUAGGUAUGUUCCAGCAAAAUAAUAAUAACAACUACCCCUGCCUGCAGAGGGUCUGUGGAAACAGGGACAUCCUGCUGGAUGGAGUGGAAGGAUAUAUCCCUUCAGUCAGGCACUUACAUGACCUCGGGAGGGUAAAGGGCUUUAGGACAUGGGUGGUAAGCACUAAAACCCAGAUUGGUGGUCAGCACCUAAAGCCUAUACUGAAACUUGCAGACCCAGCACCCUGUUUUAGAAUGGUGGGUGGAAUUGCACCCCGGCAUGCAAAUGACCCAUUGGGCAACCUACGCCCAAGGAAGGCCAGGACGAAAAACACUGUUAAGCAGGACACAAGGACCUUCCAAGAGGAUAAGCAGGACAGAGAGUCCCAGUCCCAAGGAACUGAGAGCUUCCAACAUACUCUAGUGAAGAACUGUGCAAAACAUCAUGAAGCUGAAAGCACAGCAGCAGCAAGUCUGAGGAAAAAAGGCAAAGAGUGUAAUCAGUCAAGACACAAUGUGGACGCGGAGUCCAAAAGCUGCAGGAUGCCCGAGCAUUUGGAUUCGAGACAAAGGAGUUCUGAGGUUGGCAGGGAAGAUCCAGCCAAAGCCGAUGUGCACAAGUUUCAAUCCAAGUCCCCUGAAAUCACAAACAGCUGCUUUCUGGACUCAUUGGGGAACCAAAGUGAUGAGCCUAGCACUGGCUGCACAGGAGAUGUCAAAGCCUCCAUGAAAUGCAAGAAUGACGUUCAUGCAGUUUGUGUGACAGAGACCUUGAAAUAUCUCUUGGCAAAGAUUGAAUCCAAGAAGACCACAGAGUCUGAAAUUCCUCAAAAGCAAAACCAGAAGAGCAAUGGGGGGUCAAGUGAAGGAAUGAUGGAAAAGUUGCCACGCCGAUGGGUUACUACUGAUGUCCCUGAGAGACAUAGCUGUAUGGAGACUGGGUCAGUUGAUCAAGGUUGUGGACCUUGCUCACUGGUCCAUCAAGGUCUCUUUAGCUCCACCAGUGGCGAGGAGAAUUGUGGGAAAAAUCUGAGGAGCCCCCAGAAGGUGGAAACAGAGCUACUGGGGAUUAAACAGGCUGAGCUAUCAGCUGAUUCCAGUUCCUGUAAGACACAAAGUGGGCAGAUUUCUGAGGUACAAGCUUGGUUGGAAGCAAAAUGGGUGGUGAAAGAACCAAACAAGCAGGCUUUGUUAUUAAUCUCCAGCGAGGAAGGAGGAAUGAGGUCAGCUAUUUUUCCUUCACGAGGUCUUGACAGUGCUCCUUCUGGGGCUGCACAUGUGUGCUGUAAUCUGGUACCCUCAGAGGCUGGGAAAAUGGUCCUUACACUUCCAAGCAGGUGGCAAACUGAGGUCGAAAGUAGGAUGCCAGCACUGCCAACGUUGGAGGAGCCGGAGCAGCAGGAAAAAUGCAAGAUCACGGUAACAAGUGUCGAGGAGUGUGUCGAUGUGGAGCAGGAUGACGAUUUUGGCCUGUUUGUACAGGCAAUAGAUCAUCCAUCCUGGGACAGUGACAAAGAUCUGCACCAAGUGCCUUGCGAUAAAAGUGAACGUCCAGUAGCAGAAAGUUAUGCCACUGAGGGUAUAGCUGUCAGUUUGCUGUCAGAUGGAAGGGGAGGCCAGCUCCCCCAGUCAGAGGACACGUGGAUUGCGUUCCAAGAUGACGUCGGUCCCCAGCUGGGAAAAGGACAAGAGGAGCAGCUUCCAAAGCAGCCAGAGGGACAGUGGUGGCCCCCAAGUGCUGUGGAAGAUAAGAACCCCCUUCCUUCCCCAAAGACCUCUGACAAUGUGGUCGGUACCUCGUUCGAUCAUCCGUCACCAGUAGAUUUUAUUCACAAACACACAAUGCCAGUCAAUUAUUGGACAUUGGUUACUGUUGACGUUUCUGCUAGAUGGUGUUUCAGUGAGCGUACAGUAUACACAGUAUACUCAUCUUGUGGUGUCUGUAUGUCUGCCCAGUCCGGUGUGAUUUUAGACGCAUUCCCGUCUACAUCCCCGCCCUGCUGCAAUCCUGACAGCAUCAUGUCUCUUAGACAACUUGUGCAGAGCAAUCCAGCGACAGACAACAGGGGCCUAUUAGGCGAGCUGCAGGAUGUGAAUAGAGUCAUUGGUUUAAAAUACAAGUGGACAGAGUCACAUUCUCACAAACUUCUUCUCAAUUCUUUGCACUUGGACCAGUGCAGCAAGAAUCACGUCAACAGCUCUAGACCGGCCAGUGACAGUUCUUCACGGGGCGCCUCAAUGACGAGUGAGAAAUCUCCUCUCAUUGGUUAUGGGAGGAUGGGCUUGUCUCAUCCCAUCAGCAAGAACAUCCUGGCAUAGGCCGACUACCCAUUCCAGACCGCUGCCGACUUCAGGUGCAGAAACGCUUUGCUGCGGCCUUACAUGGACGGCCUACACAGCACUGGGGGUGAUCCAAAUGACACUUGCUGAAGACAGAUCCUUCUCUCAUGACAAACUCCUUAUGCGAAAAACAGAACAGCGAUGUUCUUUUUCUUCACACACACAUACAUGUGGUUUGGGACCGCCAGAUUACAACACGAUGGGUACAUGUCUAAAAACAGUCUGCAGGAAUAUAUGACCAAUUUUUGCUUGCUCUCAUACGUCAUGUAAAAAUACAUACAUAGUGAUGUGCUUUUCUAAACAGGAACAAAAAAUGCUUCUCUCUCUGUGUCUCACUCUCACACACACAC